AUGGCGAUGCCGGGGCAACACAUGAACGGCGCUCCUUCGAACAUCUCGGCUGGCGUAGAUCCCACUUACUGGGGCGGCCACCAGGACUUCUCACCGGACUCCACAUCGCCAUUGUCGCCCUCGCUAGGGCUUCAUUUGUCGCCGACACAGAGUAUCACCACCCAGAGCAGCAUCAAUGGCGGGACUCCCCCGGCGCAAACGCCCCAGUCGGACAGCGGCGGCAGCAAAGGAACCGGCCAGAAGAACAGCCAGAAGCAGUCAAAUAACGACCAGACCAGAGCCUCGGUCGCUGUCGCGACCGACAACGUGGAAUGUACCUACAUCAAGUCGCGAAGAGGCUGGAAGGGCAAGCGGAAAACCAAGGACGACACGGGCGCGUCCACGACCCCGAAUGGAAUAUCUGCAUCUGAAGUCCAAGCCAGCAAUGGCCACAUCUCGUCACCUGAGUACUCGUACAACGGCGAUGCUGGCAUGAACCAGCUCAGCCCAACUCACGGUCUUGGCGUCCGACCUGUAGCCCCACCAGUUGCUCAACUCAACCUAAAUGGAUCCGCGCGUCUGAACCGAUUUGGUCACUUGGGACCCGAGACGGCUGUGCAGGCAUUCUACCACUUCUUCUACAACUCACAUCCAUUCUGCCUUCCGGAACGGAGGUUAGUGGAACUCUUCAAGGAACGACAUGCCCCACUCUUGGAACAUGCCGUACAUUUCAUCGGAUCCAGCUACAUACCGUCGGUGCCUACGGCCAUGUACAAGGAAGCGUUAGAUCGCCAGAUAGACAGCAACAACUACCCAAGAGAUGCGUGGUCGGUCCAAGCCCUGCUCCUCUUCGCCAUCGGCCUCCACGCCCACAACGAGGUCCCCCGCGCCGCCCAGAUCUUCACCAUAGCCCAAAACCUGACGCUGGAAAUCGGGCUCAACCGUAUGGAAUUUGCGCUGAUGCACGGAGAAAACGACGCCCAGUUAGAAGAAAGUUGGCGGAGAACGUGGUGGUCCAUGUUCACAGCCAACGGCAUGAUGACCGCCGUUAACCCCGGCGUGCAAUUCCGACUGAAAGAUGUCGUAACCGACGUACCACUGCCAUGUGAGAACGUCGAGUACUUUUCAGGUCAAAUACCCUACCCCUCCACCCUCUCCGACUACGACGACUCCGCCUUCCUCCCCCACUUCACAACCUUCUCCUCCUUCACCUACCUCAUCGACGCCAUCCGCAUCCUAGGAAAAGUCUUCGAAUGCGCGCGUCUAGACUCCACCUUCGAAUACCACGCCGUCGACGUCGUAGACCAAUACCUGUGUAACUGGCGCCUACACCUCCCCGCCUCAAAAACAGACAUCGUCUCCAACGACGGCCACAUCGACGAAGUGCUCUUCCAGGCCCACAUGGUAAACGCCGGCAGCACAAUAAUGCUGCACCGCCCGCGCAGCAACCUCGGUUUCGGCCGCGUCGAAGGCGUAAACAUAUGCGUGCAACCCGGGCAGGUCCUCCUCCCCACGCAAACCCGCGAAAUCCACACCGCGAAAUGCCUCACCUCUGCCGAAAACAUCUCCUCCUUAAUCCGUCUGCCCGGACCCCUGCUUUACCACACCCCCUUCUUCACCUGCGUCGUCGUAAUGGCGUCUGUCGUGCACCUCUCCUACUGGUCCUUCCUCGUCCCCGACGGCCAGGACGACAUUAUCAAGCAGAGCAUCCGGCUCGAUGUUGGCACGCUGCAGCAAUACAGCAAUACGUGGCCGAUUGCGAAUGUGGUGCUGGGACAGCAGGACGAUGUUAUUAGGGGCGUUAUUGAGGAGGGGAGGAGUGUGCCGCAGCAGCAGUAUGCGCAGUUGAUCGCUCCGUGA